AUGGCGUUGAAGCGCAUUAACAAGGAGCUCGCUGAUCUCGGCCGCGAUCCGCCCUCCUCUUGCUCUGCUGGCCCUCAGGGUGAAGAUCUUUUCCACUGGCAAGCGACCAUUAUGGGCCCUGCCGACUCCCCCUACACCGGCGGCGUUUUCUUCCUCAACAUUCAGUUCCCUACCGAUUAUCCUUUUAAGCCUCCCAAAGUCAGCUUCACCACCAGAAUCUACCACCCCAACAUCAACUCGAACGGCAGCAUCUGCCUCGACAUCUUGAGGGAUCAGUGGAGUCCGGCGUUGACGAUCUCCAAGGUUCUGCUCUCCAUCUGCUCGAUGUUGACGGAUCCCAACCCUGACGACCCGCUUGUGCCCGAGAUUGCGCACGUGUACAAGACAGACCGCGCCAGGUACGAGGCGACGGCUCGCGAGUGGACCCGGAAGUAUGCUAUCUAG